GUCCACCGGAAGUACCCGCGCGCGGGCAGCUCACUUCCGCCCGGCAGGUGACAGCCGCGGGGCUCCGAGCCGCCGGCAGCCGGGACGCACCGGGAGAGCGAGAGGUGGAAGCCGCGGACGUUUUGGUGGCAAGCCGAACCGAGCCGUGGCGCUGGGAGCUGCUGGGACCUGCGGAAGCCUGGCUACAGAUAAGGGACCAAAAUGACUGACUCAAAAUAUUUCACCACGACCAAGAAAGGGGAGAUCUUCGAGCUGAAGGCAGAGCUCAACAGUGACAAGAAGGAGAAGAAGAAGGAGGCAGUGAAGAAAGUGAUUGCAUCGAUGACCGUGGGCAAAGAUGUCAGUGCCCUCUUCCCCGAUGUGGUCAACUGCAUGCAGACUGACAACCUGGAGCUGAAGAAGCUGGUAUACCUCUACCUGAUGAAUUACGCCAAGAGUCAGCCUGACAUGGCCAUUAUGGCCGUCAACACCUUUGUGAAGGACUGUGAGGACCCCAACCCCCUCAUCCGAGCCCUGGCAGUGCGGACCAUGGGCUGCAUCCGUGUUGACAAGAUCACAGAGUACCUAUGCGAGCCACUCCGGAAGUGCCUGAAGGACGAGGAUCCGUAUGUGCGCAAGACAGCAGCUGUGUGCGUGGCCAAGCUCCAUGACAUCAACGCCCAGCUAGUGGAGGACCAGGGCUUCCUGGACACCCUUAAAGACCUCAUCUCUGACUCUAACCCCAUGGUGGUGGCCAACGCGGUGGCAGCACUCUCAGAAAUCGCCGAGUCUCACCCCAGCAGCAACCUGCUCGAUCUGAACCCACAGUCCAUCAACAAGCUGCUGACAGCCCUGAACGAGUGCACCGAGUGGGGCCAGAUCUUCAUCCUGGACUGCUUGGCCAACUAUACACCCAAGGACGACCGCGAGGCCCAGAGCAUCUGUGAGCGGGUCACCCCCAGGCUCUCCCACGCCAACUCCGCUGUGGUGCUCUCUGCUGUGAAGGUCCUGAUGAAGUUCAUGGAGAUGUUGUCUAAGGACCUGGACUACUACGGCACGCUGCUCAAGAAGCUGGCCCCACCCCUGGUCACACUGCUGUCAGCUGAGCCAGAGCUGCAGUACGUGGCCCUGCGCAACAUCAAUCUCAUCGUGCAGAAAAGGCCUGAGAUCCUGAAGCACGAGAUGAAGGUGUUCUUCGUGAAGUACAAUGACCCUAUCUACGUGAAACUGGAGAAACUGGACAUCAUGAUCCGCCUGGCCUCCCAGGCCAACAUUGCCCAGGUGUUGGCAGAACUGAAAGAGUACGCAACAGAAGUGGAUGUGGACUUUGUACGGAAGGCUGUGCGUGCCAUUGGACGCUGUGCUAUCAAGGUGGAGCAAUCUGCGGAGCGCUGUGUGAGCACGCUGCUCGACCUCAUCCAGACCAAGGUCAACUAUGUGGUCCAGGAGGCCAUCGUGGUCAUCAAGGACAUCUUCCGCAAGUACCCCAACAAGUAUGAGAGUGUGAUUGCCACACUAUGUGAGAACCUGGACUCCCUGGAUGAGCCUGAGGCCCGGGCUGCCAUGAUCUGGAUUGUAGGCGAGUAUGCAGAACGGAUCGACAAUGCAGAUGAGCUGCUGGAGAGCUUCCUUGAGGGCUUUCAUGACGAGAGCACCCAGGUCCAGCUGCAGCUGCUGACAGGCAUCGUGAAACUCUUUCUGAAGAAGCCAACAGAGACCCAGGAGCUGGUGCAGCAGGUCCUCAGUCUGGCCACUCAGGACUCAGAUAACCCGGACCUGCGGGACCGUGGCUACAUCUACUGGCGCUUGCUUUCCACGGACCCAGUGGCAGCCAAGGAGGUGGUGUUGGCUGAGAAGCCACUCAUCUCUGAAGAGACGGACCUCAUCGAGCCCACACUGCUGGACGAGCUUAUCUGCUACAUCGGCACGCUGGCCUCUGUCUACCAUAAGCCUCCCAGUGCCUUUGUGGAGGGGGGCCGGGGCGUCGUGCACAAGAGCCUACCACCCCGCACGGCCUCGAGUGAGAGCGCAGAGAGCCCUGAGACAGCCCCUGCCGGAGCACCUCCUGGGGAGCAGCCAGAUGUCAUCCCCGCCCAGGGCGACCUGCUGGGUGACCUCCUCAACCUGGACCUUGGCCCCCCAGUGAGCGGCCCACCCCUGACCACCUCCUCAGUGCAGAUGGGAGCUGUGGACCUUCUUGGCGGUGGCCUUGACAGCCUGAUGGGGGAUGAGCCUGAAGGGAUUGGGGGCACCAACUUCGUGGCACCUCCAACAGCAGCAGUACCAGCCAGUCUUGGAGCACCCAUCGGCAGUGGCCUGAGUGACCUCUUUGACCUAACCAGUGGUGUGGGCACCCUGUCAGGAUCAUAUGUGGCCCCCAAAGCAGUCUGGCUCCCAGCCAUGAAGGCCAAGGGGCUGGAGAUCUCGGGCACCUUCACCCGCCAGGUGGGCUCCAUCUCCAUGGACCUGCAGCUGACCAACAAGGCCUUGCAGGUCAUGACCGACUUUGCCAUCCAGUUCAACCGCAACAGCUUUGGCCUGGCCCCCGCCGCCCCCCUCCAGGUCCACGCACCACUCAGCCCCAACCAGACAGUGGAAAUCUCCCUGCCUCUCAGCACGGUGGGCUCGGUCAUGAAGAUGGAGCCUCUGAACAACCUCCAGGUGGCUGUGAAGAACAAUAUCGAUGUCUUCUACUUCAGCACCUUGUACCCACUGCACAUACUCUUUGUGGAGGAUGGGAAGAUGGACCGGCAGAUGUUCCUGGCCACAUGGAAGGAUAUUCCCAAUGAGAAUGAGGCCCAGUUCCAGAUCAGAGACUGCCCCCUCAAUGCAGAAGCUGCGACCAGCAAGCUGCAGAGCAGCAACAUCUUCACUGUCGCCAAGAGGAACGUGGAGGGCCAGGACAUGCUCUACCAGUCCCUGAAGCUGACCAACGGCAUCUGGGUGCUGGCGGAGCUGCGGGUCCAGCCGGGCAACCCCAGCUGCACGGUGAGAGCCCCGGCACCCACCCUGCGGCCUUGGAGCCUCCCCUUCGUCCCAUGCCAGGGGGUGGUUCUGGUGGAGGACGCGGUCCAAGCAUCCCUUCAAGCCUGGCUUGAACCAGAAUCAGUUCGGUCCCUGAAAAGGACCUUUCUAGAAAGCUUUCACAUCCACCCCGUCGGGUUACCCAGAUAAGACACCAAUUGGGUCUCGGAACAGUGAGUUGGACUAGAAGAUUUGUAAAAUUGGGCCCUGUGAGGUGGUGAAGUUGGUUUGGCACCCCUGACUGGGAAGUGGCAUUGCUAAGCAUAGGCCCUAGCCCUGUCCUGUGAGUGCCUGCAUGCCCAGCUGGGAGGACGUUGGUUCCCAGGAGCCCUAAUUUCCCAGCCUUUGAGGUAGACCUGUCAGGGGAUGGCUUCCCUGGGGCACAUAGUUGUCCUGGAGGUCUGCGCCACUGUUCCAGGGCCCUGGACAGCCCCAAGCUCUGCUUCUCCCCCGCACCCCUGAGUCUCUGGCAGGCAUGGCCCUCCAGACACUGCACCUCCUGGGCCCUGCUGCCAGCGCUGGUCGGUGGGGGGCUGUGGCGUGGCUUCGGUGGUGGUAACUUCCGUCUCCCUGUGUUUGGUUGCUGCAUGUCACCUUCCCUGCUGGUGCCCGUGGUGCAGGACUUAGAGGUUAGCAGAUCGCUUUCUCUUUCUCCAUCCACCCUCCCCAGCCUUGUCUCCUGUCCUGGCCCCCAUGCACCCCAUGUUUCCUGUCUGCACUCAUCUCUUGGCCUCACCUCACCUGGCAGGCUCUAGCCAGGUGGCCCUGAUUGAGGUGCUGACACCCCACUUCCACACAUUCACAGUGUGCACAGAGCCCUUCCUAGGACCUGGACGGCCCGUGGGCUGCUGCUGACCUGCGAAACUCCAUUGUUCCCACUUCCUAACUGUGCCCUGCGGAACCAGUGCUUUAGAGUGGAUGGGUGGGGACUCCUCUCUCCUCUGCCUGUGAUCUCAAUCUCAGGCCCCAGAGCGGAGGCAAAGUCUCUACCGUGCCUGCUUCCUACGUAGGAAACCAGGAAUGAGCCCAGCACCCCUCCAGACUCCCUCCCAGCCCUCCCACACCGCCUCGGGAUUUUCUGUCAGGCUUCAGUCCUGAGGACCCCAGACCUUCAGGGACUCUGGGGGGGCCGGGCAGCCCUCAGGGUGGGGGCCUCCGGCUCGUGACUCACACUGCUUGCCAGCAGGGCUCUGGGGACUGGGCUGACAGCAGGUGCGUGGGCUGCAAGUAUAUUUGGUCCACACCCGGCUGGCUGCGAUGGCCGCCCCCUCUGCUUUACCUCACAUCUGUGCCAGGCACAGCUGCCGCCAGGCUGUGUGCACGCCACGCUAUCCCAUUGGUUCCUGCUCUCUUCCCCACCCCUUUCCUUCCUGAGAGGAACUCCAGGGAUGAGUGCUCUUUCCCCCAACCCCUCUCUCCCCUGCAGCUGUCCCUGAAGUGUCGAGCGCCAGAGGUGUCUCAGCACGUGUACCAGGCCUACGAGACCAUCCUCAAGAACUGAGGCCCCGGCCAGCACCCGCCCCAGCCUUCUGCCUGCCCCAUCGAGGAGGCCCCUGGGGGUGGCAGCACAUCUUCCUCCUCGCAGGAGGGACCAGGCAGGGCUCCUGGCCACCCCGUGGGCUCUGUGGUCCUGAUGGCAGCACCCGAUCCCUGGGGUAGGGCACCACCCCCUCCUGGGGUGAGAGCACAGGACACUCCCGUGCUCCGGGACACCCCUGCUCCUGUGGCUGUGACAUGGGGUUAGGUGAGGAGGGGACCAAAGGAAACAGCCAGAGCAGCCACAGAAGCUGUGCCUGAAGGGUGAGCAUGGAGCUUGCCCCACCGGCUCACAGCCCCGGCAGCCCCUGGCUCCUUGGAAUCUCGGGUUGGUGUUAAAGGGCCCCCCACUGCCACCUCUCAUGGGAUGGACCCUGCCAACCUGGCCUGGGUGUGCAGGUAGGGGUCCCUUUGGUACCAGGAGAGCUGCUUGCCUUAGGCCUGGGGCUCAAGGAGCUGUAGGUGCCAGCAAAGGGGCAGAGCUGGGUUGGGAGGAGCCCAGGGCCUGCACUGCCCCUUUGCAGCCACCUGGCUGGUGCCCUGCAGCUGUGCCAGUUGGGCCACAGCCUCCCAAGUGCUGACCCGCAUGGUCAAGACCAGGCAGAAGCUCCCAGAGCCCCUGACUUGGGCUCCCACCCUACUGGCAGCUGCACUGUCCCCCACUCCCCACUUCUGCCACAAGGAUGGUCUGUGAUACAUUCCUCAGUGUCACCUCUGAGCCCAGGCCUCCUGCAACAGAGACAAGGCCGAGGAAUGGGGCUGGGCGAGCGGGUGCGCCUCCUGUUUGGGUUUCUUUGGGGUUUCUCUUCUCUGUAGUGUCUGCUGCCCUCCUCCUGGCCUCCCAGGUUUCAGUUGUGUCUGACAGAGCAUUAGGUUUUCCUGUUACUGCUGUUUAAUAAUAAAGAAAGUUCGGCUUUUGGCAAUCACGGACACUUUUUUCCCCUCCACCAAAUGUCAGGAUUGAAAGCUGCCUCCAUGUGGUUGGGGAUGGUUUUCUGACCCUACAGUAACUAGAUCUAAUAUAUAUAUCAUCAGAAAAUGUAUAUUGUAUGUUUACUCUUAUUUUCAGAAAGAGAAAGUGAAUAAAAAUGAUGACAUCAA